AUGGGUGAAGAGGAGGCGGCGACACUUGAAGGGCAAUUUUACGAAUUUGCAAGACUUCUAGAUACGAAGCGGGAUGGCACUACCAUCACUUUAUAUAGAUCUGAUUACUGGAUGAGACAAUCGAAAAUUCUAGAUGACAGAAAAUUAACAAUGACCGAUACUGGAAUAUUAUUUAACAAAUUCAGCAAGUCGGAAUUAAACUGGGACGAAUGGAUAGAGUAUCUUACAGAUGUAUGUGAGCUAAAGGACUUCGAUUUAGAGAAGACAAAAGAGACGCUGACGAACUGCGGAAUCCCAGGGCAGACACCUGUCGUUGUCCCACAAUAUAGAGAUUUCUUCAAUACAUAUAAACCUAAGGAGAAAAUGAUCUUCUGA